CAAGCCAUCUUGACUGAAUAUUUAGCCUCAUCCAAGGUGCAUUAAAUUGAUAUCUUUGAGAUUCAACCACCCUUAGGUUGGGAACCAGCAUCAUUAGAAAGGUUAAAACCAUAUCUAUGAAACCGGGUCGUGUUUGUGUGUUGAGCGGAGGUUACGGCGAAGAGUUGACGUGGUGAAGAUGACGCUGUCGCUCCUGAAAUUACCGGCUAGCUAGGCUAAAUGCUGGCAUGUCCGCCUUGGUUGUAGUCUGUCACUAGCUGACAUUAAGCGAGGAGCAGUUUUUCUCGUCUGCCACUCGCGUUGCAGAGGACGAACUCACAAGCAGGCAGUGUAAACUCCUAUGCGGAAGGCCAGGAGGUGGGAAUGUGAGACAGUUGCAGGCAGACUCAACAUGGGCAGGGGUCGAGGAAGAGGGAGAGGAAGGGGCAGGGGAUCAUCUGGCCAGCUGCGGCCCCCCUCGCCCUACAGACUGCAGCUAUCGCCCUCCAGGGAGACUUUAACGUAUGCUCAGGCACAGAAAAUAGUAGAAGUGGACCUUGAGGGAAGGCUUCAUCGGAUUAACAUCACAGAUCCUCUGCCAGUUAUCACAGAGGACGAGAUGAUGGCCCAGGACAUUGCUGAGUGCAACAGCAACAAGGAGAACAGUGAGCAAACGCAGAGUAGAACCAGAUCGUGGAGGAAACCCUCAAACAGUAAAAGCAGGAGGAGCAGUAAGAAUACGUCUCACCAGAACCAACGGUCUGGAUCGCAGCAGAACACAGGAUCUACUUAUUCUGUCCAGCACCCGUCCCACCAAAGCCCUUUGCCUGAGCCAACCUUCCGUUUGCUGGGUUCAGUUUCCCCCUCAGAGGCACCUCCUCUCCCAUCAGCUUACUAUCGUUUCAUAGAAAAGUCCCUAGAGGAGCAGGACAGCGUGGCUGAGUACGACAUGGACGAGGAGGACCUUGCCUGGCUGGAGAUGGUAAACCAUAAGAGAGUGUGUGACGGUCAUGCCUCUGUUUCAGCGGACACCUUUGAACUGCUGAUUGACCGUCUGGAGCGUGAAUCAAUCCUGGAGUCUCGCAGUCAGGCACUGUCACAGAGUGCAGUCGACGAGGAUGCUUUUUGCAGCGUCUGCCUGGACGACGAGUGUCUAAACAGUAAUGUGAUCCUGUUCUGUGACAUCUGCAAUCUGGCUGUCCACCAGGAGUGUUAUGGUGUACCCUAUGUACCUGAGGGUCAGUGGCUGUGCCGCUGCUGCCUGCAGUCCCCCUCCCGCCCUGUAGACUGUGUACUCUGUCCCAACAGAGGAGGUGCCUUCAAACAGACAAGUGAUGGACGUUGGGCCCAUGUUGUCUGCGCCAUAUGGAUCCCAGAGGUUUGCUUUGCCAAUACAGUGUUUUUGGAGCCUGUAGAGGGAGUUAAGAACAUCCCUACUGCUCGCUGGAAGCUUACCUGCUACCUGUGUAAGCAGAAAGGCAGGGGAGCGUCCAUUCAGUGCCACAAAGCCAACUGUUAUAGGGCCUUUCAUGUCACCUGUGCCCAGAAGGCCGGCCUCUUCAUGAAAAUAGACCCGGUGCGGGAGACAAGUGUCAACGGGACCACCUUCUCUGUGAAGAAGACGGCUUUCUGUGAGCAUCAUUCUCCAGUUGGGUCGCGGGGAAGGGAUGGGUCUGGAGACGAAUCCGUCGAAGGGAGACUGGUGGGAGGCAGGGGUAACAGAGGUCAAAGGUCAUACACUCAAAGUCCCCCCUCGCCGCUGAACAAGAAAGCUACCAAGGGCCAAAAGAAGAAGAACACAAAGGGGUCCCGUGGGUCAACACGUCGCUCAAAUGUGCCUGUGCUGCUUGUGCCUCAGAUUCCUUCACACAGGCUGAACAAGAUCUGCACAGGAGUGGAAGUCCAAAGGAAGAAUCAGUUCAUGCAGAGGCUUCAUAACUACUGGUUAUUGAAGCGACAGUCACGAAACGGGAUGCCUUUAAUACGGCGGCUUCAUUCCCAUCUUCAGGCCAACAAGACAGCAGAGCAGAGGGAGCCUGAUGAGAAGCUGUGCGCUGCAAGAGAGGAGCUACGGUACUGGCAAAAGCUGAGGCAAGACUUGGAAAGAGCCAGACUAUUGGUGGAACUCAUUCGCAAGAGAGAGAGGCUAAAGAGAGAGCAGAUGAAAGUUCAGCAGGCUGCUCUUGAAUUGAAGCUGACCCCUGCAUUGGUGCUUCUGCGAUCCACUUUAGACCAACUGCAAGAGAAGGACACUUCAAAAAUCUUCUCUCAGCCUGUCACUCUGUCUGAGGUUGGUGAGGUCCCAGAUUACUUGGAGUUUAUUUCUCAACCCAUGGACUUCUCCACCAUGCGCACCAAACUGGAGGGACACGCCUACUGCUCCAUCGCAGACCUAGAGAAGGACUUUGACCUCAUGAUCUCCAACUGCCUCAAGUACAACUCCAAGGACACCAUGUUUCACACGGCAGCCUUACAAAUGAAGGAGGUGGGUGGAGCGGUUCUACGUCACAGCCACAGACAGUCCCAGAGCAUCGGCCUGGACCCACAUACAGGGAUGCAUCUCCCUGAGACUCUGAACGCACACAGCUUCUACUCCUCUACGUGGGACGACAUCGAUUCUCUCUUGGACCCAGACAACAGGCUUCACUUGAGCACUGACGAGCAGCUAAAGGCCUUAUUGGACAAACUGGACGUGGUCACAUCAAUGCGAACCAGCGGUGGUCGAACCAAACGCAUUAGGCUGCUGCGCAGAGAGAUCAACGCACUCAGACAGAAGAUGAAUCAGCAGCAGCAGCAAAACUCUCAGUCUGUAAAUGGAAUUGACAAGGAAGAUGAAGAAAAUGAAGAUGAGGAGGAGGAGGGGCAAGAAGAAGAUAAGAAGCCGCAGAAGGAAAAGAAAAAGGGGAAGCCUAAUGUCGAUAAUGGACCUUUGAAAGAAGUGUCCCACUCCAGAACAGAUGACUCUCCACCUGUGCUGGAACUAACCUGUCCAGUAUCAUCGCCGCUCCCAGGAGAUGCUCCUCUGGAACCUCCUGUCCUUGGCAUCGUAUCUGGAGGGCGAAGGUCACCUGGACGCUCCUACAAACGUCAGCGGUCAUCCCGCAGUGGGAGCAAAAGCCAAGGUGAAGAUGAGGCUGAAGUUGGUGAAACGCCAUCAUCACAACCGGAGGCUGUACACGAGGUCACCCCGCUGGGUACACCGCCCACUCUGUCUCUGGUCGGAGUCGGUCGUCGUACGUCUGUUCUGUUUAAGAAAGCUAAAAAUGGGGUACGAAUGGGGAAGACAAAAUCCACACUACAACAGAAUGGGAAAACACCUGAGGAGAAAACAAACGGUUUGGAUAGCAACCCUGCUAGCCCAAAGUCACCCAGUGUGACCAACGUCACCACUUUACCUCCCACUCCAAACGCUUCCCCGACCCCUCCCUCACCUUCCUCACACCACCUGCGGUCCAGAGGACACAGCUCCGAAAGUGAAGCCGAAAAACUCCCUCCACCACCCAGAGAAGGAGGCCUGCCAAAUGGAAAGCACGUCCUAGCUGACCAGGAUGAAGAACAAAAACUAAAUGGUUCUCCUCCAAAACGAAGUCGUGGUAAACCUGCACUGGCUAAAGUCCCAAACAGUGAGAAUGGAGACACCUCUGCGUCUGGAACGUCUACACUUCUGUCUUUAGAUAGUGAGACCGAGCUAACACCCUUGGACCUGGUUUGGGCUAAAAGCAGGGGCUAUCCAUCGUACCCAGCUAUGAUUGUUGACCCAGACAUGCCCCAGGAAGGGCUCCUUCACAACGGCAUUCCCAUCCCAGUGCCUCCUGUGGAGGUGCUCAAACUGGGCGAGUUGAGAGAAACGGAAGAAGGCGAAAAGCUCUUCCUCGUGCUCUUCUUUGACACCAAAAGAACGUGGCAGUGGCUCCCUCGGAACAAACUUCUGUCGCUGGGGAUGGAUGACACUGUAGAUAAACUCCGCCUAAUGGAAGGAAAGAAACCAAGUGUUCGCAAGUCUGUACACACCGCAUACGACCGGGCCAUGGCGCAUUUAAACCACGUGAGAGGAAAUCUUAACUUCACUCCCUCCAAUUUUAUAUAAUUUUAGUUUCAGGAUUUUAUGAUCUUAAAACAGGCUGCCUGGUUAGAUGUACAAAGCUUAAUCCAUGCUCCUAAAAAGGUGGGAACGUUAGAAAAGAAUAUAUAUUCCAACAGCUUCUUCAUUAAACUGUAUGUGUAUUUUUUAAAAGGGGGGGGGAGUUGCUUGUAGACAUUUUCCUCGACAAAUUUGCUAAUUUAUUCCUGUAAUUAUUAAAAAAAAAAGAUUUUACACAACCAUUGUUACGAUGUGUUCAUAUCAAGUUCUUAUUUAAGGCCAAAGUGAGCGGAGACUGAAGAGUGAGAGAGAGAGAGAGAGAGUGUAAAAUAUUUAAUUGUCAAAGGGAUCGUCUUGAUUCAGAAUAUAUUUAGAUUGUAUUUGCAAUUCAAAUGUCACUGUGUUUUAAUGAAUUGUAAAAGUCCCACAUGAUGCUCACGUCAUACCUGGACACUACUGAUGACAAGUUCUAUUUUUGUUUUUUAAAUGAACUCUUGGUGGAUUUAGUUGUAUUACAUUAACAUUUUCCUUAAUACAUUUUUAAAUAGAGCUACAAUGCAUUAUUGAUUAGUCAUUAAUUCCAUCAAUUUUAAACUUAUUUUGAUCGUUUGAUUGGUCGAGUUAUUCUCAAGAAAAAGUUUGAAAUUCCAUUCAUCCAGGUUUUAACACAAAACAAUUCAGUAAAUGUUAUUGGCCUUUAGGAAACACUGAUCAACAUUUCAAUAAGAGUAAUUCAAAAUAUAUUCAUUGUUACCUCAAAAUUCUCUUUGAUUUUAAAAAUAUAAUUUUAAAGGACGCUUACUGCUGACAUUGACAUGUUAAGUUCCUGCAAGAUAUGUUCAUUCAACAGUUCUGAGAACUGUUUAAAAGAAACAUUCAGAGGAGUCAGAGAAGAAUGUGCAGUGAAUAGAAAUACUGAUCGAUGUGCAAACGUCCUUGAUUCUGAGUCCAGCUAUGACGUGUUGGAGGUGGAACCUUAGAGGUCUUUGCUUAUUUUUUCCAUAUUGUGAAAACUGUCAUUUAAUUCUGGAUUGUUGGAGUCGGCGGAGCAGCUAUUUGGUUAGUAAGAUGUGAAGCCACUGCAGAGGUGGAACAGAUUGUCCUGUGGUUUAAACUACAUCUACUGUGAUCAUUCACUGAAGAACUUUGAAUAGUUUGUUUUAUCAGGCUGAAUGAGUCUUAAAGCACAAGUUCAAUCUGUUUAAAGAAAAGAAAAAAGAUUGACUGGAGGAGGAUGGCUGACUCCUGGAGCUGUCUAUGUGGCUUAAAGUGAUUUGUAUGUGUGUACAGUAUAUACAUAUGAAUAGAAGCUCAGUGUGGUAACAGGUGCAUGUGUAUAGUUCUGUAAAUAUGUAAAUGGAUGUUUAUACUGGCUUAUAUGAAGUUAUUUAAGGAAUGCAAAAAUCAAAUUUAGAUUUUAAUUUAUAAAUUGUGGCAGUCGAGAGUGUUAUUUAAAAAUUCAAAUAUUGAAAAGAUUUAUGUAUGAAUAAGUAGCUUUGUAAUAGUGGCGGUUAUUCACCAAACAUGUCCGAAACAUUAUCUAGAAGUGAAGUGUCACAGGACCUGAGCACUGUAGGCAUCGUCUACAACGAGUUUCUUUGUUUUGUUUUCUUGGGUGGCAUCGGGAGAUCUUUGAUCUUGUCAUUUGAAUUGUACUGCAAGAUCUAUUACCUGCCUGAGACAAUAUUUUCUCACACAAGAAUAAAUGCUGUUUGAAACAA